CCACACAGCGGCAGACGAACUCCCUGUCUUCACGUACAGCUCCCUGCUCCUGCACUGAUCAUCUCCUCUUUGUCUUCCAGCAGCAAAACUUUUCUUUUUAGGAGUGGCCGUCCAUCACCAAAAUGGAGUCUGCUACAAUGCAUCUGCCAUCCAAUCAGUCAUCAGAGAGCUGUGUAGUGCUGGAGACCACGAUCGAGAACCAGCUGUUUGGAUGGUUCUACCUCGUGGUUUUUGUUCUGGCGCUGAGCGGUAACAGUUUGGCUCUCUGGAUUUUCUCUCACCAGCGUGGCAUUUCUUCUCCGGCUAACGUCUUCCUGAUUCAUCUGGCUGUGGCAGACUUAUCGUACGUCAUCAUCCUCCCACUCAGGGCCACCUACCACUUUACAGGAGGCCACUGGCCCCUAGGCGAGGUGCCCUGCCGGGUGGUGGGUUUUUUGUUUUAUGUCAACAUGUAUGCCAGCCUGUACUUCCUGGCCUGUGUAGCAGGGGAUCGAUACUUGGCUGUGGUUCACGCUGUGAGGUCACUGAAGAUUCGUCGCGCUCGCUAUGCUCAGAUCAUCAGCUUCUCUCUUUGGGUCCUAGUUACUGUCUCCAUGGCACCGCUGCUUGUCACCCAUCAGACUGCACAGGUGGACAACAUGACGGUGUGUUUGCAGCUAUACAGGGAGAAGGCCUCACGCAACGCUCUGAUCUCGCUGGCUGUCGCCUUCAUGCCGCCUUUCCUCGCCACUCUUUCCUGUUACCUCCUCAUCAUUCACAGCCUGCAUCGCGGCUCCAGGUUGGAGCCGGCGCUCAAGCUAAGGGCCCUGCGCACCAUUGGCCUGGUUAUGCUCAUCUACGUGGUCUGUUUUCUGCCUUAUCAUAUGAGUAGGGCCACCUUCAUCCUGGGCUACAGCCACCCAGACGUCUCAUGCCAGACACGCAGAGGCCUGAGCCUGGCCAACCGCCUCACCUCCUCCCUCACCUGCCUGAAUGGUGCUAUGGACCCGCUGGUCUACCUGUUUGGGGCGGAGAAAUUCCGCGGCACACUACGGCGAUUGUUUUGUAAAGAUAAUGGCGGGAUGUCAGGGGCCACCAGCGGAGAGUUAAAGGGAACACAUGAGAGCUCUGUGAGUGCCAAAUCUGAGUUCUGAGGAAAAGCAGCGAGACUCAGACACCUGUGCAAACCUUUCCAUCACAAGCAGCUUCAGGUUGAUGAUACUUUGAUUGAUGCUAGUUCCAAAGGCUGUUUGAGAACCAAUUCUAGUGUCAUCCCCACACCAUUCCCACCAAAUCCUUAGAGAAUUAAACUGACAUCACUUUGACACUCAAAGAAUCCUGAAUUCAGCAGCAAAGAUGGUGAUAGACGUUUAACUUCCAGGAGAGGAACAAAGAUCUUUAAAAGCUAAAUUUGGGGCAAAGUCAGCAAACUUUUUUAAAGCAUUUUUAAAUCAGUUAUAACUUCUGAUUCUGCACACACUGUUUAUCUUGGUGACCACUGGAAUUAAAGUUGAUGAAGAUAAUGCUUCAAAAUAACUCCCACACACACAAGACUCGAGUAAAUCUCAUUCUUCUUUAACAAUUUAACGCAAUGGAGAAUGUUUAAAAGCAAAAUUACUGCAAUUAGUAGUAAAUAUGACAUUUGAUGAGUUUUCAAAAUGUACUGUUGGCUUGCUUUCAGCUCAGCAGAUCCCCUGUUUUUUACUGUAGUAGAUCUGGUUUCAUAAGACGGACAAUUUGUACUGGUUAGUGACGCCUUUGAUGUUCUGUUUAAGCUUCUUGUCGUUUCCAUUAAAAGUUUUUUGGGUCCAUGUUAGAAACCAACUCUCAAACCAGUCAGAACUGUGCCCAAUACCUGCUAAUGUGGGACUCUCUGUACAAAAAAUAUCCAAUUUCCUGUGUGGUAUCGGCCAGGCUAAGCUAUUUGAAUUUGUUUGGCUAUAAUUUUUGACAACUGACGGUUUUAAUAAUAAUCUUUAGAAAAGGUUUGUCUCAACAUAACAACUCACUUGUUCUGGAGAUGAAGCAAAAAACUAAUGAUGCAAAAUUUUUAAUUGCUUCUGCUGUCAUAUAUAAUACUUAAUGGGGGUUAAACCUGAGUACUAAUUGUUCCGCCUACUGCUUGUUGGAAAUCCAAAACAGCAAUUCAGUAUAUACAUAGUCAACUUUCAGUGUAUAUUUUCUAUUGUUUUUUUUUAUACUGUAAGCCAAAUGUGAUGAAUAUGCAUCAGUCACAGUUGAUAAUAUUGUUGUUUUUUUUCAUCUAAGGUGACAUAGGUUGUCCUUGCUUUGUGGAUAAUCAAAUGUGCGUGCACAUACUUUAACACUAUAAGUGAAAUGUAAUGCGAUCCAUGUGAGAAUUUUAAAAACUCGUGUGAUCAUGUGUCGUCUCCUAAAGUACCAACAUCCAGUUAAAUUUUCAUUUGUUUGAAUUUUUAGUUUCAGGCCAAAUAUUUGGAAAAUCUUUAUGCUAAUUAGCAAUGCUAGCAUGCUAAUGCACCAAACCGGGAAGUUAAACAGGGUAAGCAUUACAGGUAAGGUAAGCAUUAUACCUUUCAAAUAUUAGCACUGUAUGUUAGCAUGCUGGUGGACAUACCCACUAUGGCACUCACCAGCUUCUAAACUCCACAUUUUGAAGACUCACCAUUAGCACUGUGGCUGCUGUUGUGUGAGGUGAAGUUGAAGUGCUAACUUGGUUUGCUGCAUCUAUAAAUUGUAUGGGUGAAAUCCACAAGCACAGAAAGGUGCUUAUUGGUGUUAAUUAAGUAACAGACUGAAAAAAAGCAAGAACAACAAGAAAGAACACAGUCCAGAAGUUCAGAUGAGUGACUCCUAUCACCAGUAUUAUGCUACAGUCAAGCUAAUGGACAAGUCAUUGGCAUUAUGACGACUUACAGAGUGAAAUAAAAUUGCAGUGCUGUUGCCUUUGAAAUGGUUGCAGUCAGUUGCCAUUUUCAAGGCGAUUUUAGUGCAUUAAGAUGACAUCAGUUUGCUAACAGUUUGCAAGUGAAUGGGGUCGAGUCAGCAAUUGAAUUUAAUGUGUUUGUUGUAAAAUGGCACGUGUGUUUGACUGCACAAACAGAAAUUCACAUUACCUACUUGCAUUCAGAAUUCAGAAAACCCACCACAAACAGUGAUGUAGUUUCUACAGGAUGGUGAUUUAACUGUAACAUGCUGCAGCUGCUCGGCAACCGCAAUUUAUAUAAGAAUAGAACCAAAGUAGAAGCAGUUCAGUUGAGUCUUGUAUUGUAAAAAAAAAAAAAGAUGUGUCACAGAGAAAUUGUCUCAGUAAAACAAACUGCGAUUGCCUUGCAAUCCAAAGUUGUUGAUGCAGGUACUUUCAAUCUGUUGCUGCUGGGUCAGUCAUGAGCUGCUGAUUAUUCCAACCUACUUUUACUCUAGUAUGACUGACCUAAGCAAAUCACCUCUGAUUCCAAUAACCAGAAGUAGAAGGUAUAAGAAAGUCCCCCCUGACUUAUUAUUAAGAAGGAAUAGCAUGGAGUAGCAUGCUGUAAGUAUUUUCACUUAAACUUACUGUAAAGUAACAUUUUAAGGCGGAUCUUUAUGGGGGAUGACACUUUUAGAGCCUCAUGUGGUCACUAGUGGAACUGCAAUCUUUGAAACUUUGUUUGCUUCAUAUUCCAGCUGUGUGUUAGCAUGCCAGUAUUAAUAUUUAGCUCAAGGCAACGCUGUCCUCACAGAGAUACUAUUAAGGCUGUAGUCCCUUGGAUUAAGUCCAGAUUUACUCUACGAUGGAGUGACCAUUUUAUUGAGAGUGGACUGUGUAAAUGUGCCCAUUAUUAUACUGCUGUUGGAUAUUUCCCUGCUAUCACAUUUUCAUAGAUGCAAAAAUUGCUGUAUUGUGUUUCUCCAGGUCAGCUAGGGAUGACGUGGACACAGUCACAGCUUUUUAUAAAUUCCUGACAUGAGUCACUGUAUAUGUUAAAUGUGCUCGACAAAUCUCCAUUGUGAAAAUAUUUUUUGGUUUUCAGUUUCUUAACUCUCCUAUAAUGCUAUGCAUUUCUGUUGCACUGUUACUUGACAAACUAAUAACUACUGUUCUAUCUACAGUUUGAUAAAAUGUAAUAUGUUAAAAAUAUGCUCUGACUUUAACGUGCGAAUGAUUGUGUAAUUCACUGCAGCAAAAAUGCACCAUUUGUGUGACAUGUCCAGUCCCUCUCUUUCUUUCUUUUUUGCUUGUCACAUAAAAACUGCAUAAACUCAACAUGUCUGCUGCUGUCUCCCGAAAGCAAAAGUAUGAUUUCACGUCCUUCGCGUCUGUGGCGUUGACGUGUUCUCCGUGAAAGUGGUAAACCUAUUUCAAGUGCGGGGACAGAAGGCAGCAGUGACUUGUCACCAUGUAGUUCUCUUUUCAUAUCAUGUGACAUGUUGUGGUUUGUGAGCAGCUCAUUUUCCUCCCCUUAUUUCUGCAAGACUUCCUGUCCAUCACAUGAACAUGGCAGCUACUUUAACUUGUAUUUCCUGAAUGUAUAUAUUGUAGAAAACCCCCGAGCUCCCCUGGUUCAUCUGUGGUUUAAAGAAUAGCAGUAUGCAGGCUGAAUAUGAUGCACCUUGGUUUAUUUUUUAUCAACGAACAAAAUGAUCAUGUUUGAAAAACAAAUCAAGGUCCUUAUCUUCUUUUUUCUUUUUUUACUGUUUGGGUUUUAAAGUAAAUAUAUCCAGUAAAUUCCCGUCCUGUAACUACUA